UGUACGGGGUAGGACUGAGUAGAUGUCCCAAGUCUGUUCCACUGCAGAAAAACAGUCGCGCGUAAGCCACCUAUGUACGGUACAUGGCUCUAUUACGCACGGAAUACGGUAAUACACAAUAUACAAUGCGGGUUUAUUUGCAAACUGAGAAAUAGUGUUUAUUGACUGCUGCGUGUGUACUCGGGAAAACUGUGUUUUCGGACUACACAAGAAGGCACCACGCAGAAGCCGGAAGUUUUCAUUUCGACAAAUCGAAAUCGAAACCUGAAACUUGGAAUACCUGACAGUACUGUCCUGGAGUCCUGCAGUUGACACCGCAGCUACAUAACAAGGCAAACGAUACAGUUUUGGAAUUAUGAUGGAUACCGAAAAUUACAUAGCGAAAUUGAACGAGUACAUUCAGAGGACACGUUCGGAACUCAAGUAUGAGGACAUCAGAACCGAUGGUCCGGAUCACAUCAAAACAUUUACCAUAAGAGCUGUUGUCAAUGGCGAGGCAUAUCCAGAGGGGGUGGGAAACAAUAGGAAAGAGGCCAAACAGAACGCUGCCAAAUAUGCUUUAAAAAAAUUAAUGGAAAAGAAGAAGCAUGCAUCAGAAUCUUCUAUUGGACCAGUCAGCCAAACAGUGAAAAAUCACGUGUCCUGGCUCUAUGAGUAUGGUCAGAAAAUCAAGAUGAGUGUUCGAUUUAUCGAGCACACAAUGCCUGGAUCAUACGAGUCCUUUCAAUGUAGAUUCUUGGUUGGGCUGAUUGAGUAUCCGGUUGCCACUGGAACGACAAAGAAAGAAGCCAAGGCAGAAGCUGCUAAACUUGCAUAUCAUGCCAUAUAUGAGGCAUCGCAGAGUGAAGGUGAGGAACCCUCUGGUGCUUCAAGUCGACAAGAGGAGGAAAUGUCAGAGAUCUGUGACAAGACACCAAGUUCAAAGACUGAAGAUGAUGGCUUAAUAGAGAAAAAUUUUAUCGGAAAUAUCAACGAGUACUGUCAGAGAACACAUCGGACUCCAAAUUUUAUCGAAGUGCAGAGAAGUGGCCCAUCUCAUAACCAUAAAUUUUCCUACAAGUUAGUGAUCGAUGGUAAGGACUACCCCGUGGGCGCGGGAAAGACUAUCAAGGAAGCCAAGCAAAACGCAGCUCACUUGGCCCUUUCUACCCUUGAAAAAGAAGACAAUGAGGUCUUGCGGUCCUCUGCAUGUGCCAGUAGUACAGCAAGUAGCAUGGUGUCCACUUCAAACUUCCGGGGAUCCCCUAAUGCAGCAUCGAAAAACAUGAAGAGUUCCUCUUCAAGUUUCUCAGUACAGUUUGCAGAGUCUUCUCCCCAAGCUCAGGGUCAAAGUCCAGACUGCAAGCCCAAUAGAAAAAUUGCAGCCAUUUUUCCGAAUGCUUGUGGACAACAGAAUCAAGAUUUCAAAGAGCGUGAAGGAAAUAGCGAACGAAAAUUAGAGUCAACCAUGUCAAGGUUUGAACAGGACUUUGACUGUAUCGAAUCCAUAAAUAGAGGAACCUUUGGCUCUGUUUACAAGGCAAAACACAAGUUAGAAGGGAAGAAAUAUGCCGUGAAGAUUGUUGAAUGCAAAAAAAAAUCAUUACGAGAGAUCAAGGCUUUAUCAGACCUCCAACACAUCAACAUUGUAAGAUACUACACAUGUUGGAUGGAAGAUGCUGAUUACAAACGUGGUAGUGCAGCUAAAAGUUCCUCCAGCAAGUUCCUCUAUAUCCAGAUGGAGUUGUGUGACGAAAAAACCCUCCGAAAUUGGAUUGAUGAUAUGAACACUCAAAAUGUGAAUUCUCUACAAAGAGCGGAAUCCUGUUCGCCCAUUGUAAAGCAAAUAAUUUCAGGAGUCAAAUGCAUUCAUGACAAAAUGUUAAUCCAUAGAGAUCUGAAGCCUGCCAACAUCCUGUUUGGGCUGGAUCAAAAAGUGAAGAUCGGAGACUUUGGCCUAGUUACUGUCAAUACUUACAGCGAGGACAGAAGCUUGUACAGUGGAACCCCAUUUUAUAUGGCGCCUGAGCAAAAAGACAAGACUGAUUAUGACCGAAAAGUGGACAUAUUUGCUCUGGGUCUGAUUUAUUUUGAGCUCCUCUGGUGCAUGUUCACCCGCUGUGAAAGAAAUAAGCUUUGUGCUGAUGUCAGAAGCCAGAAAUUCCCUCCUGAGUUUUCGCAUCUCUUCCCCACAGAGCAACAAAUGAUCAAGUCAAUGCUUUGCUCAAUGCCAGAGGACCGGCCUGAAGCCAGUGAACUUGAGACCAAGCUUGAAGAGUAUGCUAAGGAACUUCACCUUGCUAAAGAGCAAAAGACUGUCUAAUUCGUUCAUUUAGCCAUCCAUCCAUCUUUGGGUAAUAGGCGUGCUUCAGCCUGAACUGGUCACCAGGCAAUCAAUCACAGGGCACACAUUGACGAACAACCACACUGUGGGCAAUUCAGAGUAUUCAAUUAACCCACCACGAAUGUUUUGGGAAUGUGAGAGGAAACCAAAGUACUAAAAAAAUGAAUAAAUAAAAAUUUUAAAAAGCACGCAGGAAUGGCAUGCAAACUCAAGACAGGGAGACCAAAGACCAGAUUUGAACCCAUGACCUUUGGUCUGUGAAGCUGAUAUGCUCACCAGUCAACGAACAUGCCGCCCACUUUGUAGUUUAUGCGUUUUAAUUCACGAUUGUUUAAUGACCAUGAAAUGAAAGUUGUCCACAUUUUAUAUAUACACUGUACUCCCAUACAGU